AGGUCCUGUAAGUGAAAGAAGAUGGGGUCUGGCUGCCUAAAAGUCACCAAGUACUUCCUCUUCCUCUUCAAUCUCCUGUUCCUUAUCCUGGGUGCUGUGAUCCUGGGUUUUGGAAUAUGGAUCCUGGCCGACAAAACCAGUUUCAUUGCAGUUCUACAGAUGUCCUCUCCCUCCUUGAAGACUGGUGCAUACAUCCUCAUCGGCAUUGGGGCUCUCACCAUGCUGAUGGGGUUCCUGGGCUGUCUUGGAGCAGUCAAUGAAAUUCGAUGUCUCUUGGGUCUGUACUUCACCUGCCUGAUGGUAAUCCUUGUAACUCAGGUUGCUGCUGGACUGGUCAUCUACUUCCAGAAAGAAAUGCUGAAAGAGGAGUUGUCCCACAUAGUUGGAACUCUGAUUGAAAAUUAUGACCCUUUGAAUGAUGAUAAGAGGAACUUACAAGAUGCAUGGGACUAUGUGCAAACACAGAUCGCCUGCUGUGGCUGGAGUGGAGCAAAGGACUGGGAAAAUAAUGAGAUUCUUAUCAACCGAAGCAUGACUGCAUAUCCCUGCUCCUGCUCCAACAUUUCCAAGGGCUUUCAGGUAGACAGCGGUUUCUGUGAUCUGGAUGUUCCUGUCAACGGCACUGCAACGUAUGCUGACUGGCCUGUUCAUGAGCAGGGAUGCAUGGAUGGUGUAGAGAACUGGUUGAAGGACAACCUUGGCAUCAUUCUUGGGGUCUGCACUGGUGUUGCUGUUGUAGAGCUGCUGGGAAUGAUACUGUCCAUUUCACUCUGCAAGAACAUACACAGUGAAGACUACACCAAAGUGCCCAAGUCUUGAGUUGGCUGACUCCGGAGCUGCAGCACCACAGACAAAGGAGCAAACAGAACAUUCCUGCCUCAUACCCAGACUGUCCAACCAUUGACCACUGUUCCUGUGACAUCCCAUUUCUGAUACCACUCUGCUAAGAACUGUUAGAGCUGCAAUACAGCCUGAUCUUCUGGCAAUAGGGCCCUUAGGCCACCUGCAUCCUGCCUCUGGAUUAUUUCUACUUCAAGAAGCAGAACUUAACUGUC